UCUAAUGUUGUAUUAUUAUUAUGAUCAUGACCUUGCAUCCUAUUGUUACUUUCUUCCACACCUGUAUAGUUCAUAUUUCAUAACUAACUAUUUUUUAUUUUUUUUUUGGGUUAAGUUUUUUCACCGCCUCACGAGCCUUGUUCCUGUUGAGUUUCUUGUGUUUGGGUAUUAGGAAAAAGGCUUGAGAGGUGAAGGUAGAGAGAUUAAUAGAGAAGGUUUAUAGUUAUGGCUGAUGCAUUUGAUGAAGAGUGUGAUUACCUUUUCAAGGCUGUUCUGAUUGGAGACUCUGGGGUUGGGAAAUCAAAUCUGCUCUCAAGGUUUGCAAAAGAUGAAUUCCGCUUGGAUUCCAAACCCACCAUAGGAGUGGAAUUUGCUUACCGCAACAUCAAGGUCAGAGAUAAACUCAUCAAAGCCCAGAUAUGGGACACUGCCGGCCAAGAAAGGUUUAGAGCAAUCACAAGCUCAUACUACCGAGGAGCCUUGGGGGCAUUGCUAGUGUAUGACAUAACAAGGCGAUCGAGUUAUGAGAAUAUAAGAAAAUGGUUAAUGGAGCUGAGAGAGUUUGGAGGCGAAGACAUGGUGGUUAUUCUGGUUGGAAACAAGUGUGAUUUGGCUCAAUCAAGAGAAGUUGAGAAAGAAGAAGGAAAAGGGUUUGCAGAAACUGAAGGGUUGUGUUUCAUGGAAACCUCUGCUUUGAAGAAUCUGAAUGUUGAGGAAGUAUUCUUACAAAUGAUCACAAAGAUUCAUGAUGUCACAAGCCAGAAAAAUUUGGAAGCCAAAAUGGACGAAAAACCGAUUAAACUUUCGAGCGGGAAGGAGAUCCAUAUAAUUGAUGAAGUGACUGCAACUAAACAAGCUACUUGCUGUUCAAGAUGAGAGCUUUAGUGCGUAAAUUGUGGGAUUUUGCACGAAUCUGUGUGUAACUGAGUGAUUGAUUCUUCCUAUUUUCCCCACUUUUCAAUAUAUUUUUUCCUUCUUAUGGGCGGAUUUUUUUAUUUUUUUGAAAAUCUUAUUGGCGUUUCUUUAGUGCAUGGUCACGAUGGGUUU